AACCAUAGAUCGGUGCUGUUGUGGAACGGAGGAGCGUCUGUGCAUCUGACCCUGGUGAUGAGAAAUGCUGCCCAUCUGGAUGUUCCAGAGGAUAUAAAUUGAGAUGAACAUCCUACAGCAGCACAGACUGAUCUCAUGAUGAAUACAGGACAGAUCUGUGUAAUUGGGCUGCUGCUCUGCGCUGUUGGACUAUGCACAUCAGCGGCCAAACCAGGAAGAUGCCCACCUGAGGCGUUCUUGGCAGAAAAAUAUUUGUCCCACACUAACAGAUGCAGAUCUGACGGUGACUGUGGGGGAAACAAGAAAUGUUGCAUGGACAAUGGUGAAAAUUUCUGCAAACCUCCAGCGCAUGAGAGGCCUGGCGCCUGUCCCUUUGGCACACGAGUACCACGCAAAACCGAUUAUUGCACCUCAGACAGUAUGUGCCCUGUUGGAUCCAAGUGCUGCUUCCGUGAAGGUGGAAGGACCUGCCUGCCUUCUGUGGGAGUAAAAAAGGGUUCCUGUCCUCCUGGCAUAAUGAUAAACUGCUUUGUUCCGAUGAGGAGUGGGUGUCAGUCGGACUCUACAUGUCCUGGUAAUGAGAAAUGCUGCCGAUCUGGAUGUUAUAGUGAAUGCAAGCCACCAAACUUCUAGAGACCAGAUCUUAACACCAGAAAAUCCACCAUUGUGACUUUAUGCCUCUAAAACAUUAUCUAGUUCAUGUAAUAAGAAGCACAUUAAUGAUCACUAUUGUCUAUGUGGGUGCAUUUAUAUACUAAAGAGAACGUACCUUAAAUUCUCUGUAUGCGUUUUUCUGUGUUUGGGGGAAAGGCAAUAAAAUAUAAAGUGAUGAAAAGGUGUAAGAAAAAG